AAAAUAUAUAUGUAUAAGUGAAAAGGAAGGUAGACACACAUUCCAAAGUAUAUUCGACAUUGAUCUUUAGACGCGCAAGCGCCGCCAGAUUUUAGCUAGUUCAGUGUCUAUCUCGGUCGAAUCGGUUUCGUUCUUUCACACGUUUCAAGAGUCUAACAACUGUAUCCGUUUAUUUGCGUUUUCUUCGAAAGACUACUACCUACUAUCGUUGAAAAGCUUCUUGAUCUUUAGAUCAAAUAUUGUGUGCAACGUAAAGCAAUCGAUACUGGAUUCAAUCUCUUAUUUGAUUCCCUUAUAUCGAACAUUGACCAAGACUGUAGACAAAAAAAUACUUAAUUCAAUGUCGGCCAUUAUCGAUGCCUGUGGAAAUGACACUGGAUCACCUUCCAUGUCAAAAGCGGAAGAUAAUUUAUCGAAUAGUGAUGGACCAUUGAUCAGAAAGAGCGUUCAUCAAAAUAGUACCAGUAGUCUUCGUAUAAGUUCGGAAAAUAUUAAUGGAACUACGAUCGUUACGUCGCGUGGAUCAACGCCAAUCGGUGAAAAAUCAUCGAGAAAACGUUACUGCCUUUGGACGAUAACAUUUUUCUUAGCAAUAAUUGGCCUGUGUAAUUUAUUUUUAAGUAUCACAAUUAUCGCCGUGUUAAGAAUCAGUCAAGGCAUGGAAGCUAUGGAAAUGAUACCGGACGAAAAUCUCGUCAAAUUUUACGGCCGUACGGAUUUGGACAAACUUUGUUUACAAUCCGGCGUAUGUCAAAGUUACGGCGACGAGCCGAUGGAAAUAUCAACGGACGAUGGUGGUAUUAGAAUCGACGUUAAGGGUAGAUUGGAUCAGGAAAGUUCACGUUCUCGUGUAGAACUACUUCCAAAUGGUACGAGCAUAUCCCAAGUUAAAUCGUUCGAAGUUAAAGAUUCUCGUACCGGGGCAAUCUAUUUUACAACAGAUUUUCCUAAUUUUGGUCUACCAAAUGGGGUCCAGAAAAUCGAUGUAAAAAUAGCACAGACUCACAGAAUAACGUCUCCGGUUAACGAAAGUUUAACAAUCGAUUCGAACGAUCGGAUUUCAUUACACGGUGCUGAAGGUAUCAAAAUGGAAAGCAAAGAGAUCGUCUGGAAUGCUAGUAACGAUGUUUUUCUUAAAAGUCUCAAUGGAAAUAUCAUAUUUGAUACGAAAAAUGGUGUUAUUAUUGAUAUGGAUAAUAUACCAGUUGCACCGAUGUUCGUACAAAAUCCUACAGAUCAAGAACAAUUUAAAGUAUGUAUUUGCAUGCCCCAAGGUAAACUUUUCAAGGUUCCUGUACGCGUCGGUGCCAAUGUACGAUCUGUCAAUUGUGCUCGUAUCAGUCGAACUCCCGAAAACGAUCCUUGUUUACGGAGGUUCGUAAGCUUUGUCUAAAGGACUAGCGACAACACCACCUGCCCAUACACUCAUUUCAACGGCUAGUUUGU